AUGCGAAUACAGGUGGACGAAUUGAUGCGGACAUGCCGUAAGUUCUUUGAGCUUCCUCACGAUGUGAAGAUGAAAUAUAUACAACAACCGGGCGAAAAUGCCGGCUACAGGAAAAUGGGAACGCAGACGUUUGAAAGUGACAAACCGAGUGACUUGCGAGAAUCGUUUGACAUCUUUCCAAGUUCUGCUUUGGAUCUUGCCGUGUUUGAUAAGGCUCACAGUGAGAUAGGAAAAUCCGGAUACACGGGGCUUCGAUGCCUCUAUUACCCAGCGGUACCCAACAUUGCCGAUCUGUACUCGGCAGAUAUAAAAGCAAACCAGAUGCGAUGUGGACAGCACUCAGACUGGGGAACCAUCACUUUGCUUUUUCAAGAUACAACAGGGGGCUUAGAGGUUUUAAAGCCGAGAUGGGGAAUCGUGGAAGUGAAUCCAUGA